AUGGUCAAGGAGAUUAACCUCACUGAAUACAGCAGCAGACCCAUGUGGGCUAAUGACAGAUGUUUGGGUCUGACCCACACCACUCCCUUCCUUUCACCCGCACCAGCAGCGCCCCAGGCCAAUGGCCCCACCGGUGGCAAGGACACAAAUGACCGCCCCAAGGCUGAUCGAACCACGACCGUUGAUGGCUUCAGCUCACCUGGUGAACACCAACCAGACCCGCCAACCCAGGCCCACCAGAUCGGCCUUCUUAACCCAGUGCCCGCCCCACUCGCACCCAGGUCUGCCACCGUCCACGUCCGACCCCAUUGUUGCAGACGCCCAACCGGCAGGGCCCAAGCUCCCGCCCCUGCGGCACGCCGACGCCCGGUGGGGCGCCCAGUCCCCAGCUAUGUUUGGGGCAAAGUUCCACCCCAGCCUUGCAAAUACCAGCAAUAA